AUGUCGGGUGCCGUAGGCCGAGAGGCAGUAUUCCCGACUCGCCAGUCACUGGGGUUGAUGAAGAGCAAGCUGAAAGGGGCGGAGAUUGGACAUAGUUUGCUGAAGAGAAAGAGUGAAGCUCUAACAAAACGUUUCCGAGAAAUCACACGACGCAUCGAUGAGGCCAAGCAAAAGAUGGGCCGGGUCAUGCAAAUUGCAGCCUUCUCCCUCGCUGAAGUGAGCUACGCCGUUGGAGGCGAUAUUGGAUACCAGAUCCAGGAGUCAGCCAAGCAGGCCCGUUUCCGCGUGCGAGCGAAGCACGAGAACGUCUCCGGUGUCUUCCUGCCGCAAUUCGAGAGUUAUACACAGGAAGGUGUCAAUGACUUUGGUCUGACCGGUCUAGGCAAGGGUGGGCAGCAGAUCCAGCGCUGCCGGGAGACAUAUGCACGGGCUGUGGAGACAUUGGUGGAACUGGCAAGUUUACAGACUGCCUUCUUGAUUCUGGAUGAGGUUAUCAAGGUUGUCAACCGACGAGUAAAUGCGAUCGAGCAUGUUAUCAUUCCCCGAACUGAGAAUACCAUCAAAUACAUCAACUCCGAACUCGACGAACUGGACCGUGAAGAGUUCUAUCGUCUCAAGAAGGUCUCGAACAAGAAGCAGAGGGACGUCGCUGCUGCAGAUGCAGAGAUCCUUGCAGCUCGUGAAAAGGCAGCGGCGCAGCAGGCAACAAACCCGGAAAAGAAUGCCACGGUUCAAGGAGAGGAAGAGACGACGGAUGUUCUAGGAGAGCAGGAAGACAACGAUGUCAUUUUCUAG